AUGCGGAUCUUGAAAACGAGACAGUAUGAGCUUGUUGAAGCAAAGGACAUCCCCGAUCCAUUUCCGCCUUACGCCAUCCUGUCACACAUGUGGUUAUCGCCAAAGGAGGAAAUCACCUAUCAAGACUUCAAGAGCCGAAAAGAAGACAUUGAAAAUGACGUCUAUAAGCAGACGGGAUGGGCAAAGCUGAAGAGAUACUGCGAUCGUGCGGCCAGGGAUGGGUGGGAUUGGGCUUGGAUGGAUACCUGCUGCAUUGAUAAAACGAAUCCCGCAGACACUCAGGAAGCUAUCAACGCCAUGUUUCGGUGGUACCAGAAUGCUAGCAUUUGCUACGCGUACCUUGGCGAUGUGGAUGCCUAUGGUAGCCUUGAGGAGGCUGGCUUGAUCGACCAGGAUCAUCCUAUGAAUGAGGAUCUUGAUGAGAUGCCCGGUAUGAUUCCCGUUCCUGGAGCGGCUACGAAUCAUAUGCGCACGGCAGUGGGCCGCUCACUGGUCAACGCCAAGUGGUUUACGCGAGGCUGGACCUUACAAGAGCUCCUGGCCCCUCGCUACCUUGUUUUCAUGGACAAAAGCUGGCAUCGCAUCGGGACUCGAGAGAGCUGGGCUGCGGAGAUUAAUGAAGCCAGCCGCAUUGAGCCAAAGCAUCUAACCACGUUCAAGCCAACUGAUUUCACCUCGUGCUCUAUUGCAAUGAGGAUGUCCUGGGCCUCUUCUAGAUAUACAACCGUCGAGGAAGACGAGACUUAUUCAUUACUGGGCCUCUUUGGAAUCAGCUUGCCACUUAUCUACGGCGAGGGGCGCUGGCGGGCUUUCGAUCGACUGCAGCGUGAACUCAUUAUGGUAUACACCGACGACUCUAUUUUUGCAUGGAAAUUGAGCGAAACGAAUCAAGGGUUUAUUCGCCUACAAAGACAGGGGCAAAAACCUGGACUGGGGAUUCUGGCCCCUUCGAUUCGAGAGUUUCGAGAUGCUUCACAGAUACAAAGUUUUGGCUACUAUGGCCAUAAGUUCGAAAUGAGCAACCUAGGUCUGAAAACAAAUGCCCGGCGUUGGAAAUGUCACAAUGAUCACACUAAGCUUCUCAUUCGUCUCAACUGCGGUCCUGAGCCAAAGGCACACACAGGCAUCAUGCUUCGGUACGCUGGUGAGGUCUUCGAAAGAAUUAUGGAUAGCGAGCUCCAUGACACGAGAAAUUUCGAACGCAGUAGAGAUUGGAUAGGGGUACAAGAGAAGGAGGGAAAGGAUAUUAUUAUCCGUGCGGGCAAUUUCCGUGGCCCAUUGACAGGUCCGUCAAUCUUUACACUCAGGCAUCCAGAUGAAAUUACCGUCGGCUUGAAAUAUUUCAUGGACUUCAAUGUUCCUCUUAUGAGUAGGAAACUGGAGCUUCUCGAUGAAGUAAGCCUUCUUGGGCGUCUGCAAUUACAGAGAAACGAGCUUCUUCUCCAGCCAAAUCAGUUGAUGUUUGCUAACAUUGAACUACAAACUGGGGAGCAUCAAUCAAGGUGGAAUGUUCUUAUAAAUAUCAACGAGAAUGGGUUUCCCUCUGUAGGUAUGGCAAGUCAAGAAGAUAGAGGGAAGCAAUUGGGAGAUCCAAUGAGUGAGGCCAAACGGAAGUACGAGAAUUUGGCGGAAGACUUCCACGAUCAAGCACAGUCAGAAGGCUGCCUUCCAUUGAUCGUGGAAACCAAGCAAGGUAUCAGUGUAAAUGUCCAUCUUUUUCCAAGACCACCGCGAGAACGCUCAUCCGAGACAACUAGAGACGGUGAGGUGUAUAUUGAAAUGAGAGAGUAUACUCUCAAAAUUAUUGGGAAAGAGAAGAAAGACUUAAAUGGAUCUAAACAACCUCAAUCGUCCUCAUAG